AUGGACAAGCGAAAAGAAUCCGAAAUUCCACAGAAUGGACAUGUUGUGAAACGACCUCGUGUGGAAGAUGUAACUUUAGUCUCAGAAGAAGAUACUGUAUCCAGGACUUCUGACUUAGUGGCUCCUAAUUUGCAAAUGUUAGGACAUACUUCAGAAGUUUUAACAUCAAGAUUUGAUCCCUCUGGCUCAAAAUUUGCGUCUGGAGGGAUGGAUCGUCAAAUACUUUUAUGGAAUGUAUUCGGAGAAGUCAGUAAUUUUGGUAUUUUGUCUGGUUCAAAAGGUGCCAUAACGGAUUUACAAUGGAGCAGAGAUGGUGAAGUUUUAUACAACGCUUGCUCCGACACUAACUUAUACUCCUGGAAUACGAACUCCGGACAGAAAAUAAGAAAGUACAAAGGCCAUGCUGGCGUGGUCAAUGCUCUAGAUGUAUUACGGGUCGGUUCUGAACUAUUAGCUUCAGUCAGUGACGACUCGACUUUGAAGGUAUGGGAUACCCGUUCUAGAGACUGUAUACAAAGCAUAGAAGAAAAAUUUCCACUUACGGCUGUCGCCAUUUCCCAGCAAGGCACUACUGUAUACACAGGAGGAAUCGAGGGUAACAUCAAAGCUUGGGAUUUAAGAACAAACGAAGUUCUCUACACUCUAAAAGAACAUAAUGAUAUUGUAACGAGCUUGUCUUUGUCUAAGGAUGGUUCCACUUUAUUAUCCAAUUCUAUGGACAACACAGUACGAACAUUUGAUGUGAAACCAUUUGCUCCUUCCAGUAGACAGAUCAAUGUUUACAAUGGAGCCGUUCAUGGAUUAGAGCAUAAUCUUCUGAGAGCCGCAUGGAGUGGUGAUUCUCGUUUAGUUGCUACAGGUAGCUCAGAUCGAAACACAUAUAUCUGGUCAUCCUCUUCGGGUGAAGUGAAAUACCAAUUGCCUGGUCAUGAAGGUUGUGUUAAUCACGUCGAUUUUCACCCUACCCAAAACAUCAUUCUGUCGUGUUCUUCUGACAAAACAAUGUUUCUUGGAGAACUUAGUUAA